AUGGGAAAUACUGAAUCUACAAAAAAUCCUGAAACAAAUAGGAAUCCAUUCCGACAUCAUAAGACUGCUCGAAAAAAGAUUCAGGUAAAGGAAGCUAGUAUUGAGAAUCGAAAACCUGGGAUAACUAUGCCUUAUCACACGCAUCCUGUGACACAAGACUACCGAAUUAGUCGUAAAGUUCUUGGUGUAGGGAUAAAUGGUAAAGUAGUUGAAUGCGAGAAUCGUCAAACUGGAGAUAAGUUUGCACUGAAAGUUCUCCGAGAUGUUCCUAAAGCUCGACGAGAGGUUGAGUUGCAUUAUAUGGCUAGUGGACAUCCGAACAUUGUCAAAGUAGUUGAUGUUUAUGAGAAUUCUUAUAAUGAAGUGCAAUGCUUGCUUGUUGUAAUGGAAAGUAUGAAAGGUGGAGAACUGUUCAAUAGAAUCCAGGCUAGAGGCCAAAAUGCUUUCACUGAGAGGGAGGCUGCUAGUAUUAUGUAUCAAAUAUGUUCUGCUGUUGCUCAUUUACAUUCCAUGAAUAUAGCUCAUCGCGAUAUCAAGCCUGAAAAUUUAUUAUACUCAAGUGAGGCAGCUAAUUCUGCCCUGAAGUUAACGGACUUUGGGUUCGCAAAAAAGACUGAUGAAAACGAUCCUCAAGGACUAGCUACUGCUUGUUUCACUCCUUAUUAUUGCGCCCCAGAGGUUCUCGGAGCAGAAAAAUAUGAUAAGUCCUGUGACCUUUGGUCCAUAGGAGUUGUUAUGUAUAUAUUAUUAUGUGGUUAUCCCCCCUUCUUCUCUCAAAACGGCCUUCCAAUGUCGCCUGGAAUGAAAGAAAAAAUAAAAUCUGGCCAAUACACCUUCCCGUCUCCAGAAUGGGAUUGUGUUUCGGAAGCUGCCAAAGAUUUGAUUAAGAGAUUGUUGAAGACUGAUCCUUCCGAGAGAUUCACUAUUGAACAAACGAUGUCCCAUAAAUGGAUAACCCAUUUCAACUCGGUCCCUGAUACACCUCUACACACUAGCAGCGUGCUCUUGGAUCAACAAGCUCAAUGGGGUGACAUGCAGGAUGAAAUGGAGAAAACCUUAGCUUCUAUGAGAGUUGGACCAGAUAAUGUGCAGAUUAAAAGUUUAGCUGAUUCAAACAAUAGAUUGCUCGCCAAGAGAAAACAGAGAGGAGAGGAUGUUAUACAAGAAGUAGAAGCUGAACGUGAGCCCGAACCGUAA